GAAGUCCGUAAAUUUCUAAUCAGAGUUUUAGUGACAACCAACUAUCGAAAAAGCUGCAGCUCUGCCCCGCGAUUUGAAAAUCAGGGUGGCAGCCUAGCGUUCUAACUGUUUCUAAUACGCAACGCGUAGAAAUUCGGCGGGAAACAUCAUGUUAAAACGUAAUUUGCAAAGAAUUCAUCUGACUCUGGCUGAUUUGGAGGAGUACCAGGCGUUGCGUAGGCGCAACAAGCUAAGAGCAACUAUCGAUGCGAGCAGAUCAUCGUCAUCAUCGGUUACCGCUACGGCAACCGAAACGGCUCCGUCCACAGAUAGCAACUCAACAUCGGAGACGCCAGUAACGCAGAGGCAUCUGGAGGAUCUGCCGGCCGCUACUGGCUGGGCCACAGCUGUUGUGACCAACAGCAAUACCAAUUCUGGUUCCACCGAAGACGAUACCAGUGUGGCUGCUGUGGUCGAUGACAACGACACCAUCGCUGAGCUCAGUGACGACGGCUGGGUGGAUAUUGAUGAGGAGGAUGGCGCCAGAGGUGGAGAGCCAUAAUUUAUAACUGCCAAUAGUGACAACUAUCACACACAUCAUUCCAUUUGUUUCUUCAUACAUAUAUCAUGUAAUCAUCCCAAAAUCGUGAAGAAACUAAACUCAUGUCAAAGCUCAUACUAAAAAUGGA